AUGUCGCGAGAGCUAAAGAGUAUCAUACAAUCAUUCAAGUAUGACCAAGAUCCAGACAUCGACAUCAAUUUGAAGAAUGCCAGAGUAGGCAAGAAAUCAGCAAGAAUUUCAAGUCCCAAGAAGAAGACGAAAAUCGCUCUAUCUGAUACAACAAAUCUACCUGACUUGCGUCCGUCGUUGAAUACCAAAUUGACUUUGUUAUUCAUUGGAUUCAACCCGGGAGUUCAAUCAUCAAUUCAACAACAUCAUUAUGCCCACCAUUCAAAUCUAUUCUGGAAAUUGUUUAAUCAAUCAAAGUUAUUGGAGAGAAUCGUGAUGCAGAAAAAGACUAUCAACGAUAUGGACCACGAUGAUCAACACCUAAACAGUUUGCUCAAAAAUGGAUCUACAGCUAAUGACGAUUUCGAUUUGAUAAAGUAUGACAUAGGAUUUACUGAUUUAGCGUUGCGAUGUACUGCAACAGCAGCUGAAUUGACUACCGAAGAGAAAUUGAACAAUAUACCCCGUCUUUUGCAAGAAAUUAACUUUAGUCAUCCUAAGCAUGUUGCUUUAAUUGGGAAAGGAAUAUGGGAAAUGGUUAUAAAAUAUUAUGCUUCUGAAUUGGGGAUAAAGGUCAAGUUGAAUAAAGACAAUUUCCAAUGGGGGAAAGUGGAGGUUGGAACUGACAAACAAUACAACAAGAUAAUAGACCAACUAUUUUCACAAAUUCCUUCUGAAACAUCCAUUUAUAUAUUUCCAAGCACGUCUGGAUUGGUUGCAAGUAUGUCCUUUCAAGAAAAGUUGCAACUUUGGCAAAAUCUAGCAGAUGAUAUAUAA